AUGCCUCUCCACACCCGCAACGGGGCACGAAGCCUCCCAAGCUACCUCAUCAUCAUCAUCAACGUACUCGCCGCAAUGAGUCUUCGUCUUCUUCUCACCAUCGCAACGCUGGAAGAACCAUGGGGAGAGCCUGAUUGGACGCAGAACGCAGGCGUCUACGUGUUGACAAAGUCAUCUCGUCGAGGGGUUGUAUAUCUCAUCAGAUUCUGCGCCGCAUAUCUGGUUGUCUUCUCUGUGGGUGUCGUCGCCGGGUUCGAUUGGCUGGACAAUGAUUUGGUGGUAAAUGUUUGGGGACCAGAGGAUCUCCGGGAAGAGGUGAAUCGAGGCGGGUUAUUGUGGUAG